CUCUCUCUCGCGGAGCAGGGUCACGUCGUCGUUGAGCGCUGUUGUUCGGGAGAUUGAAUCGAAGCUUCUGCUUGGUACCCACUGAACCGUCGAAGGACGCAUUGGCUCUCAAAUUCGUCCAGGAUUGAGCUCGUUCAACGUCGCAUCGUGCAGCGAGAAACUAGCUUCUAAUCUGUGCUCUAUCGAUUGGACUCUCGCGAAGAUGAUGUCGCCGAAGCAAACCUCUGAAGAUCGAGGAUCGCCUCAGUUUGGGCACACUUCCUUGCAGAUAAUCCAUAUAUUGGGCAACUUUUUGAGAAUAUGGUCGGUCUACUCAAUGUACCGUUACUUGACUCAGACGGGAGCAUCAGUUGUGCUCUUUAUCUUCUGUUGUCUGGUCCCUGCAACAAUCCUGUUUUUACUCCUGCAGAAGCCUUGGAAGGGUAGACCACUCUCUAAUACUCAGGUCGUUCCUUCUGUGAUAAAUGGUGCCAUAACAGCUUUCUACUUUGUUUUAUGGGGAAAGGGCUUGAAAUUAUGUGGACCACUUAGAGCUUUAAUGGCGGAGUAUUCCGGUGCUGUUCUUGGGGUCUUAUCUGCUGCACUCUAUGGACAAAGACAGCACUUAUGGAAAAAGGUUGGCGGGUUGGUGGCAAUGUUGGCGUCUUUCUACCUGUUAUCGCAAGGAUGGGCUAUGGCCUCAUACUUUCCAAUAAAGUUUGGAGAGGACCCUGAUGCUGACGUUCAGACAGAACACAAUCUGGGUAUGAAAGAGAUGAUACUUCCAAUCUUUGCUGGAAUCCUGUCAGCAUUGAGGAGAGUGAUUGCACGACGAGUCUCACUCAAGAAUCUAUAUAAAAGAAGACUCCAUGCAAUAACAGUUGCUUCUGCGACAUGUUUUCUGUUUCCUGUGGCCAUGUGGGAUAUGAUCAUUGGAUCGGAUUCUGCUGGCAGCAAGGAUUUACCAUUUUCAACAUGGGCUUUUUUUAGCACCAUUACUUUUGGGAUUAUCUUGAUCUUUUACAUUGACAAUAUUGCGGAGGAGAGAUUGCACAUGGUUUUUUCUUCUCCGCGUCAUCUGAUGGUAGCUGGUGGAUGUAUCAUAACAAUGGAGAUUGUUUACCAAAUGGACUUUUCUCUUAUGGGUUUUCUAAUUUGUGCCUUAAUACUAGGCUUUGGGAUAUAUGCAGCAACUUCUUUACAGCGUCCUAGGGGAGAUUCUCUCCAAAGAUCGGGCCAUUCCGAUGGCAUUUUGGGGGAACAAGUACAGAUGUCCCCGCUUCCAACUUGAAAGUUCUUUAUGAGGUUUGAAUGAAUGUUGGAUGAACCCAUAGUUGCUCACAUAGCUUUGUCUAAUUGAUUUCCAUAUUCUGAUACAAUUGGGACUCUAUCGACAGUUGAUGUGACAUCCCACAGUACCUCCUCUGGGAGCAUAAUGAGUGCCAUUAUCGAAUUUUUUCCAUCGGACAGAGAAUUCUAUCGGGGAGAUAUCAGCUGCUAACUUCUCCUGUCAGUUGUCAUGGUUGCUCCGUGAUAUGACCUUGCGAGGCAAAGAUGAAUAAGUUGUCUUCUUUACCCGUUAAUAAGAAGAGAGCAUAUUUUUCCGACCCGUUCAUCUUAAUAGGAGCCAAUUUUUGUAUUGCCGGUUUGAAUCACAUGCGGUAGCCUAACCUUUAGUUUGUGAAGCACAAACGCUUGUAUAGAUUUGUAUCACAACGAAUUACUUUGUAGUUCGCACCUUGUCGAUGAUGAACAUUGUUUCGCUGCAUUUGUUGGGCAUUGGCAAUAGAUAGAACUAUACAUUGGUGAUCAAUUGAUUGAAAAAGUACGGAGCUAUGGUAAGUAGAA